AUGGCGGUAGACCAGUCCGUCUUUCAAACAGCAUGGUUGUAUCGCGAGGAGUUCAAGUUCCAAAGACCAUCCUCAGAUGAGCAUGUCUUUCUCAUCACCCAUGGGAUAACGUCAAAAGCCGACAUCUUCUUCAAUGGCGUGCAGAUAGCUUCCCAGUCAUUUCAGCACGGAUCCUAUGGCGGUCGUCGAUACGAGAUCACGGAGUUUAUCCGUCAAGGCUCGAAUGCGUUGCUCGUCAAGGCGUAUCCAACAAACUACCUCCGUGACUUUGCCUUGGGAUUCGUCGACUGGAAUCCAUACCCGCCUGACAAUGGGACAGGCGUCUGGCGGGACGUGGAGGUGAAGCGCACUGGGCCGAUUUCUAUGUCCCCAACCAGAGUUCGAACCGACUUUAGUGAUCGGAAGACACAACAGACUGCGAUUGUGACGGUUCUCACAGAUCUUGAAAACCAUACAAAUUUGACCAUCGAAGGCAUCCUUCAGGGAAGGAUCCAAUCGGAUGACAGUUCGCAGACGGUUGACUUAUUCGAGCCAUUUAGAAUAGCAGCACACGGGAUGAAGACUGUUUCCAUUAAGGCUAAAAUCGUGAACCCCAGGAUUUGGUGGCCUGCGGCAUGGGGUAAGCAGCCGUUAUACUCCGUCGCCCUGAAUGUUUCUCUUGGGAGAGAUGGGGUCUCCGACAUUGGUGCAAAACAGCAUUUCGGUAUCCGCAAGGUGACGUCCGAACUGAACCCAUAUAAUGAUAUUGUAUUCAGCAUCAAUGGAUAUAGAUUCCUUGUUAAAGGCGCUGGCUAUUCGCCAGACAUGUUCCUGCGAUUUGAUCAGGGGCGAGUCGAGAAGAUCUUCCAGUACAUGCUUGACAUGGGACUAAACACGGUCCGCUUGGAAGGAAAGCAGGAACAUCCGGAACUCUAUGAUCUCGCCGACCGCAUGGGCCUGAUGGUCCUUGCUGGCUGGGAAUGCUGUGAUAAAUGGGAGGGCUGGGAGUACAACCACGACGCUGCGGGAGAAAAAUGGACAGAAAAAGAUUACCAAAUUGCACAAGUAUCCAUGCUCCAUGAGGCUGAGAUGAUGCAGGCCCAUGCCUCGAUGCUAGGCUUCCUGGUCGGAUCAGACUUCUGGCCCGAUGAUCGAGCCACUGCCAUAUACCUCAGCGCAUUGGAGCGGAUGGAUUGGCUGAACCCCGUAAUUGCCUCAGCCAGCAAACGGGGCUACCCAAAGCAGCUGGGCCCUUCUGGAAUGAAAAUGGAUGGUCCGUAUGAUUGGGUGCCACCCAAUUACUGGUACGGGGAUCGCCUGGGAGCGGCCUUUGGCUUCGGGUCGGAACUGGGCGCAGGCUGUGGGACACCACAGAUGGAGAGCCUGAGGCGCUUCCUAUCGCCCGACGACAUGGAGACACUUUGGAAACGACCCGACGAUGGUAUGUUCCAUAUGUCUCGGAAUGAUUCUGAAUUUUAUAAUCGGUCGAUCUACAACAAAGCCCUAUUCGCUCGAUAUGGUGCGCCAAACGGGCUAGAGGAUUACGUUCUGAAGGCGCAGUUGAUGGACUACGAAGCAACACGGGCUCAGUUUGAGGCCCUGACAAUACGUCAGACUGCGACACGUCCCGCGACUGGGAGUAUCUACUGGAUGUUGAAUAGUGCCUGGCCUAAUCUGCAUUGGCAGCUGUUUGACUACUAUCUCAGACCUGCUGGUGCGUAUUUUGGAACCAAGAUUGCAGCAAGAUCAGAGCAUGUGGCGUAUGACUAUGAAAGUCGACAGGUGCACCUGAUCAAUCAGUCUUUGCGUAAGACGGGGAGGCGUGUCAUCUCGGUGGAUUUGAUCGAUAAAAACGGUACAUGGCUUUCCCAUCAGACCUUUACCACGGAAGCAAACCCCAAUUCCUCAAAGGGGGUACUCAAGGUUACGAGACUCGGGCAAAUUCGCGAUGUUGGAUUUUUACGGCUGUUACUAGAAGAUCCUGUGCAGAAGACUGUGCUGAGCCGGAACGUUUACUGGGUAUCGCCAGUGAACGACGAACUUGAUUGGGAAAGUUCCAACUGGUACACCACACCUGUGACUCAAUAUGCCAACUAUUCAGUUCUGGGUCAUCUGCCACCGGCUUCAGUUACAUGUGAUGUGAGACGGGUUUCACCAGUCGAAGAGUCGAUGCGGAUGGAGAUCAUACUGGAGAAUCUUUCCACCGUGCCAGCGUUUUUUAUCCGGCUCAAAGCGGUCGAUCCACGUACACACGAGGAAGUACUGCCGGUUUUUUGGUCGGAUAACUACGUGUCUCUUUUUCCUAGGGAGACAGUCCGCUUGAUCGUGACAGCGCCUGUCACUGACUGGAUGAUUGAAGUAUCCGGCGGGAACGUGAAGCAAACAGUGAUAGGUGCCAACUAG